AUGGAUCCACAAAGAAUUAUCAACUUACAAAGAAGUUACCAAUCUUCUAAGCUUCCUUUAUACUUGAGAGGAAAGUACGCCAAACCUAUGGUCUACUCCUUCAUUGGUUUAUUCGCCGUUACCACUGUUCACUCUUUAUACUACACUGGUAGAGCCGUCGCUGGAUUACACGUUGAUGAUUGA